ACACACCAUCCACCUAGCAGAUCCCCACAGAGCCGCCUCGACAGCCGAAUUCAGAGAACCCAGCUCCCCCAGUUCCUGUUUCCGCCGCAGCCUUUUUUGUUGAGGGAACAGCAAUCCUCCGCUGCGCCAGACCGAGUCUCUGCAGCCCCCGGACGGAUGCCGCUGGAAGCCGGUGUACCAUGUCGAGGACACAACUCCAGUAAAGGGAUCCUCUGGGACUGGGAGGAAACGGCGAGACGGUGUGGGACAACCUGGUCCACGCGGAGCCGGGCGGAGGGGAGGCCACACCGACGGGGCCAUCUUAACACAGACAUCUGAGCAUGGCGGCCGUGCUUUAGCACGCGCAGGGGGGAAAAAGGCUUGACGAUAGCUGGAGACGCACCUGCCGCCUUUUCGUCACACACCCCCUGUGUCACACGGACACAGAGCCCCCCCUCCGCCCCCCUCCCAUCCGUCAUUUAGUGCACACCGCCGCGGCGAAGAUGCCAGAGCCGAGGUUGGCGCUGUGGCACUUGUGGUGACGGGGCACAGAGUGUGUGUGUGUGUGUGUGUCACAUCCGGCAGGCAGGCCGUUCGGUCGGCGCGUGUGCAGGCACUCCGGGAAGAAGGCUUUUUUUUUAUUUAUUUAUUUUUUUUAGGGGAGGGGCGAGGUUGCACCAUGCGGCCCUGGGCGGGGUCAUGGCGAUGGAUUACCCUGGUGCUGUUGGCCUGGGGCACGCUCCUCUUCUACAUCGGCGGCCACUUGGUGAGGGACAGCGAGCACCCCGAGCGGUCCAGCCGGGAGCUCUCCAAGAUCCUGGCCAAGCUGGAGCGGCUCAAGCAGCAGAAUGAAGACCUGCGGCGCAUGGCCGAAUCGCUCAGGAUACCAGAGGGUCAGGCGGAAGCCGGGUCCCUCGCUGCCGCGGGGAGGCUGCGCUCCCUGGAGGACCAGCUAACCAGAGCCAAGCAGAAGAUCCACAGCUUCCAGAAACUCACUGGGGACGGCCCCGGGCCCACUCAGGAGGAGCUGCGAAGGAGGGUGGACAACGGCGUUAAGGAGUUCUGGUACUUUGUUCGCAGUGAGGUGAAGAAAUUGGCCAACGCCGAGCUCAGCGAGCGGCUGAAGUAUGCAGACACGCUCCUGCAGGACCUGGGACACCAGGAGAGAUCCAUCAUGACGGACUUGUACUACCUCAGCCAGGCGGACGGAGUCGGCGAAUGGAGAACGAAGGAGGCUAAAGACCUGUCGGAUCUGGUGCAGAACCGAAUCACCUACCUACAGAACCCCCCUGACUGCAGCAAGGCGAGAAAGCUGGUGUGCAACAUCAACAAGGGCUGCGGCUACGGCUGCCAGCUCCACCACGUCGUCUACUGCUUCAUGAUCGCGUACGGCACCGAGCGCACGCUCAUCCUCGAGUCCCACAACUGGCGCUACGCCCCCGGUGGCUGGGAGACCGUCUUCCUGCCCGUCAGUAACACCUGCACCGACCGCUCGGGGGCCACCACUGGACACUGGUCAGCACCACCCGAGCGGCCCCAGACCAUCACAUUGCCUCCACCAGGCUUGGCAGAUGGCAUCAAGCAGUCCUCCAGCAUCUAUUGGUUUGGAGAGGCCCACGAUAAGGACGUCCAGGUGGUGGAGUUGCCCAUAGUGGACAGCCUCCACCCCCGGCCCCCCUACCUGCCUCUGGCCAUCCCCGAGGACCUGGCGCCACGCCUGCACCGCCUGCACGGCGACCCCUCCGUGUGGUGGGUGUCCCAGUUCGUCAAGUACCUGGUGCGACCGCAGACGUGGCUGGAGAAGGAGAUCCAGCAGACCACCGCCAAACUGGGCUUCAAACACCCCAUCAUCGGAGUCCACGUGAGGAGGACCGAUAAAGUGGGGACGGAGGCGGCCUUUCAUCCCAUAGAGGAGUACAUGCUGCAUGUGGAGGAGCAGUUCCAAAACCUUGCCAGACGUGUCCACAUUGACAAGAAACGCGUUUACCUGGCCACUGACGACCCGUCCCUGCUGCAGGAAGCCAAGACCAAGUACCCAGACUACGAGUUCAUCAGCGAUAACUCCAUCUCGUGGUCGGCAGGCCUUCACAACCGAUACACGGAGAACUCGCUCAGAGGCGUCAUCCUGGACAUCCACUUCCUGUCUCAGACCGACUUCCUGGUCUGCACAUUCUCCUCUCAGGUCUGCCGCGUGGCCUACGAGAUCAUGCAGACGCUGCAUCCAGACGCUUCCUCCUUCUUCUACUCCCUGGAUGACAUCUACUACUUUGGAGGUCAAAAUGCCCACAACCAGAUCGCCGUCUACCCCCACCAGCCGCGCAGCAGCGAGGACGUUCCCCUGGAGCCGGGGGACGUGAUCGGCGUGGCCGGCAACCACUGGGACGGGUACUCCAAGGGCAUCAACCGCAAGCUGGGCCGCACGGGCCUCUACCCUUCCUACAAGGUCAAAGAGAAGAUCGAGACCGUGAAGUACCCGACGUACCCCGAGGCGGACAAGCUGCUCAACUCGCAGAAGAAGUAGAGGAGGGAAAAAACGGAAGAAACAAAAUAAAAAGAGAAAAAGAGGCGCCAGGAUAAAGACACGCACGACUCCGGUUUGCAGGGAAGGAGGCUGCUUUUGUACAGAGGAGGAGGGAUGCGUACGUGGUGCGCCGAGCUGGGAAGGAAACACCCAGGGGUGAUAGCAAUGAGAACGCACUCCAUGUGUUGAUGAGAGCUUGUGUUAGUGUGUGUGUGUGUGUGUGUGUGCGCACAAACGUGUGCGUGCGCACUUGUGUGAAUGCCUGUGCGACUGAGCGGUCAGGGAGGACUUGCACCCUACCACUACCCCCCCCCCCCCCCCCACCCCCCUCGCCCCCCCCGCUGCUGUGGCUCCGGGUCCGUAGACACGUAGACAUGAACAUUGAUUUUAACUAAAGCAAGAAGAACAAUUGUAAUCCACACAACUGACCGAGCUCGCUCUCCCGAGGCCGACACUGGGACUACUGUAGGACUCGCACACCCCCCGAGUGAGCUUCGAAUCGAUGGCCGAAAAAAAGAAAAGGAGGACAAAGUGUGGGGGGGGGCGUUCUGAUUUUUUUAUUUAAUUGUUUUCAGUGGUUUUGAUUCUAAUCUUGCCUUUUUCCCUCUUGUUUUCUUUCUUUGUUUACUGAAUGUACUGUAUCCUCUUAUUGCCAUGCUCACCACUGACACCUCCCCCCCACCCCCACGUGGCCCCCCCUCCGCCCCCACCCCCCCCUCCUUUCCUCCUGCUUACUCCACGUCGUCUCUACAUGUGCAAUUCAUUUUUAAAAAACCACAUUGUGCUUUUAUCGAGUGUUUUUAACGGUCUUAAUUUUGUGCGUGUGGGGCUUGUGCAUUGUAUACUGUACAGUGUGUGUGUGUGUGUGUGUGUGUGUGUGUGUGUGUGCUGGGUCACGUCGGGGGCCUGAUCAAUGAUGAGCAGCGUGUGGUUUUAAUUCUUGUCUUUCCUCCCGACUGAAUAGUGUUUGUGUGGCCAGCAGGAGACUGGCAGUGACAGUGGGGGACCGUCCUCAGCCACCCCUCCCUCACCCACAGUACUUGGAACAAUGGUGAAGUCCAGUCACUCGGCUGGGGACCUCUAGUUAACAAUGGUGAGACUGUGUGGAGUACGGUGACCUCGUGGUGCACGCGCGCACACACACAUACACACACACACACGCCAGAGCCGUCCCGAGGCUCCCCAAAAUGAAGCACUCCACCGGGAUAAUGUCCUCUGUCCCUUCUGUCCAUCUGUUUGUUUGUUAGUUUGUUUGUUUUUUGUUACGUUUAACAUUGCUGAUUUAAAAUAAAUGAGAAAUGAUGCCUGUGUUUCAAAAAUAAUGAUGCUAUGUCAUAUCAUAACUCAAAGUCCCCCCAUCAUGAAGGCUUUUUUUCAUAACUUAUGUUCUUGGGCAUUGUCUUUGAUAACCACAGAUCGAAUAAACUUGAGAAACCAACAAGGCAUCUUUUUUCUGAUUCAGUUU